UGUCGCCAUAGAAACGCGCCGGAAGUACGCCUGCAAAUGAAAUAAAUGCCCGGGCAGCGGAUAGAAGCGCCGAUUCGAAGGGAAGUGGCCGAAUGGAGAGCUGUUUGGCGUUGCCUCUGCACCAGUGAGAGGUGAAAAGUAGGUGAUGGGGAGUGUGUCGGUGCAGGAGGAGGAGGAGGAAGAAGAAGAGCCUGAGGGCCACGAUCCCUUUGUGGCCCUGCGGCUGGUAGCGGCUGCUUCCUGGCACGUGGUCGAGGAGCGCCAGGUCUGUGACUUUCCCCGAGUGCUGGCCAUGUUGGAGGCCGUCGGGGAAGCCGCCCCGGAUUUGGUGCACUUCCGGCACCUGGCUAAAGUGCAGCUGGGCCUGCAAGCAAAGGUAAUCAUGACAAUGCUGCAGAAUGAGGAAUCCUAUGGGCAAAUCUACGAAGCUGUCGAUGCUUUUUUUCCGGAGCACAACCCUACAAUGGCUCACCCCAAAGCUACUGCUGAAGACUUGGAGCUGGUGCAAGCAGCUCAAGAUAAUUUCCGGGAUCUGGUGCUGAACUUGCUAAGCGACCGAGGGGAGCGAGACAAGUACGUGCAGGAGCACUUGGAAAACGAUUACGGAGAAGCCUUUUCAAAUGUGGUGGAAGAGCUCUUUUGCGAUUAUCUGUGGCAGCUGGAAAGCACCCUUCCCAAGCCUGACCUUGAGAAGUUGUUGGAGGCGGUGUGUUUCCGGGGCCCCAGGAAUAACCCCCAGGCGGAUUUGGCAAUCCUCUCCCGCUACUUCACCGUCAUGGGAUACCAGCUCGUAGGGAUCACUGCACGCCUCUGCACGUCCAACCCGCCAAACCCUCCACGCCACAGCGAAGGGGAGGACGAGGUGGAAGAGCCCUCAACCCCUCCUGAACUUUGUAAGCCCCCCUCAAGCCUGGGCAGGUCCAUAGUAGAGCAGAGAUGCUUCCCGUGUCCGCAGGAAGGGGAUUUCCAGGAGCACCACUCAGGCAGCCAAGAAACAGAUGACAGCAUGGACAUGGUGCUGGAUUCGAGCAGUGAGCAAGAGAGCUCUCCUUUCAGGAAGGGUGAAUACCAGUGCACCCGGCACAACACCCUCAUCCCCACCUUCCAGGAGCACCUCUGGGGCCCUGGGAGUCGGUGUGUUAGGUGCUUGGACUCGCUCACCUGUCCCGAAACCUGACCCACCUUCUCUUCUUUUUCUUCCUGAAAUGCACAGAUCCUCCCGGUUCCUUCGAGUUUGUUUAAAGCUUUAUUCAAUAAACAUGGUUAAACCUUCUA